GCUAAGCUGGUGUGCUGUGUAUUUAUUUUACUGCAUAACUUUGUAAUGUAACUGAUAUACUGUGUAGGAGUGUGACAAGUCUGAGGCUGAAUUUGAUGAGAUUUCAUUGCCCUCAUACCCUUUUAUUUAAAAUGUCAAAAUCAUUCAUGGGGAUAACUAUUUGACUGAAAGGACAUAACUUAGGCGUGUUUGAUCUUCAGUGUUUCUUUCAAGCCAUAUAUGUCAUCUAUCCUAUCCUACCUAUUUAAACUACUAUAUAUUAUUUUUCUCUCACAAUAAGCCCCUUGGUUUUCCUUUCCCCUUGGAACUUCUACACCUUCUCUCCUCCAUGGAAAUUCUAUCUUUUUAAUUAUUUCUCUUUUUAUAUUUCUGAGAGUUCUGAAGUAUUCUUGAGGACUCUGACACCCUGUAAGGUCUGCCGGCUCAGUAUUCAGUGUUCCACUUGGGCUUACUCAGCGGGAAAAUCUAUUCCUUGCUUUGGUAUUUGUUAAAACUCACUAGUAUUUCACCAUCUGUUAGUUGCACUUCUGCGUUGUUCGGGGUGCUUCUCUGAGUGAAUUAUUCAAGUAGCUACUUAGAAAUAGCACAUGAUUUAGGUGAUAAGAAACUGAAAGCCAUGAAAUUCAUGAAACUGGGAUCUCGUCCUGAUACAUUCUACACUGCAGAAGCAGUAAGGUCUGUCUCUUCUGAAGUUUCCAGCGACCUCUUGAUUCAAGUGAAGGGAAGUAGAUAUCUUCUUCACAAGUUUCCCUUGCUAUCCAAGUGUUUGAGACUACAAAGGUUAUGUUCAGAAUCUCCGGAUUCUUCUUCUCAGCACCAAAUAGUCCGACUCCCUGAUUUCCCAGGUGGGGUAGAGGCAUUUGAGUUGUGUGCUAAGUUCUGCUAUGGAAUCACCAUCACUCUGAGCCCUUACAACAUUGUGGCUGCACGAUGUGGUGCUGAGUAUCUUCAGAUGACGGAGGAGGUUGAGAAGGGAAACCUAGUUCAGAAGCUUGAGGUUUUCUUCAACUCAUGCAUUCUACGUGGGUGGAAGGAUACUAUUGUGAAUCUUCAGACCACAAAAGCGUUGCCUAUGUGGUCAGAGGACUUGGGAAUUACCAGCAGGUGCAUUGAAGCUAUAGCAGCAAAAGUGUUGAGCCACCCCUCUAAGGUAAGUUUGUCACAUAGUCAUUCCAGAAGGGUGAAGGAUGAUGUGUCUUGCAAUGGCACAGAAAGUUUGAGGCACAAUAAGUCAGGAAACAAGGGAUGGUGGGCUGAAGAUUUGGCAGAACUGAGCAUAGACCUGUAUUGGAGAACCAUGAUAGCAAUCAAAUCUGGAGGCAAGAUUCCGUCAAAUCUCAUUGGAGAUGCAUUGAAAAUCUAUGCAUCUAGGUGGCUACCAAAUAUUACCAACAAUGGAGGACAUCUAAAGAAGCAAGCAGUUUCUGACUCAGAAUUGGACUCAGUGGGUGAAAUAGCUUCAAAGCAUCGUCUGCUUUUGGAAUCAGUGGUGAGCUUGCUUCCAGCUGGGAAAGGUGCUGUUUCUUGUGGCUUUCUUUUGAAGCUUUUGAAGGCAUCUAACAUUCUUAAUGCUUCUUCAUCUUCGAAGAUGGAAUUAGCAAGAAGGAUAGGGCUUCAAUUGGAGGAAGCCACAGUGAAUGAUCUUUUGAUACCUUCACUGUCUUACGCAGAUGAUACAGUGUAUGAUGUUGAGUUGGUGAUGACCAUAUUGGAACAGUUUAUGUCACAAGGGCAGAGUCCUCCAACCAGCCCUGCGAGAUCUAGGAUGGCCUUUGAAAGAAGGAGGUCUCGUUCAGCAGAGAAUAUUAACUUGGAAUUUCAAGAGAGUAGGAGGUCCUCUUCAGCAUCUCACAGUUCAAAAUUGAAGGUUGCAAAGCUUGUGGAUAGAUAUCUUCAAGAAGUUGCCAGAGAUGCGAAUUUUCACUUGCCCAAAUUCAUAGCUCUUGCCGAGAUUAUACCAGAUUUUGCAAGACAUGAUCAUGAUGAUCUCUACAGGGCUAUUGACAUUUAUCUGAAGGCUCAUCCAGAACUCAACAAGAGUGAAAGGAAAAGGUUGUGUAGAAUUCUUGACUGCAAAAAGUUGUCUAUGGAAGCCUGCAUGCAUGCAGCACAAAAUGAGCUACUUCCCCUACGGCUUGUGGUUCAAGUUCUCUUCUUUGAGCAAGCUCGAGCAGCACAAGCUGGUGGCAAAGUGACUGAUUUGCCGACCAAUAUCAAGGCAUUACUCACUGCACAUGGUAUUGACCCAGCAAAACCUACAGCACCAUUAAGCACAACUACAAGUAUAAAUGCUGAGGACAAUUGGAGUGUUUCAAACUUCAAGUCACCAAAGUCAAGGUCCUCAACUCUGAGGAUGAAGCUGGCUGAAGAUGAUGACUUCAAUCAAAAUGGGUUGAGUCAUGAUGGAAUUGGAAGGAAUUCUAGAUUUAAGGCUAUAUGUGCUAUUCCAACUCAACCCAAAAAAAUGCUAAGUAAGUUCUGGUCUACCAAUAGAACUGCCACUGAAAAGAAUUGAGUGAAUUAUAUGUUUAAUUUUCAAGUUGGUAAUGGUAAAAUUUAGAGGGUAACAUAUACUCUUUUUUGUUUCUGCAAAGCGACGUGUAACUUGUAGGAAAAUCCAAGAAUCUAAAUGUGCAUUGUUGAUGUAACCUAUAAUAAUAAGAAAAGAUUUUCCCCCCAGCACGAGGGGAAAUCACUUUGGUAA